AGAUCUCAAGGGCCUUGAAGCCCACCUCCAAGCAAAGUGGGAGAGGAAUGACGGUGUUUGAGGUUGUGGUGGGUCUGGAGAGCCUGGCCCGAGGAGAGGCUGGUGCCCGUUUUUUUCUCCCUAGGAAGAUUCUGAGGAGGGGCUCUUCAGGUCAGGAGGAAGCCACAGCCCCUAACCCAGUCCCCACUUUGUGGCUUCAGGCAGGGGAGGGACAGCCUGGGAACCGGUCUGCCAACCAGUUUAACCAGGGACUGGUUUCGACUCAGGGAGUUCAAAGGAAGCUGGGGUGCACCCCGUCCUACCCAGCCUGCCAAUGGAAGCAGCAGCCCUUAACUCUUUCCUGGUUGUGCCCUGGGCAACAUCCAGGUGGUGGUCCAUACUGCAGAGGGGUCUGAGCCUCCUCAGAAGAUGAAAUGGGUGGGGUGACCUUGGCUAUAGCUGGGGAGUGCAACCAGACACCCAAGAGUGGGGAAACGGAGAGACAGCCUCCUGUGCUCCUUGACCCCAGAUCUCCCUUGGGAUUCCCUCCUCCUGCAUGGCGGUCCCUGGAGGACCCUGGCUUCUGGGUGGAUGCAGGGGCGCUGGGAUUGGAUUUCUGGCAUAAUGAAUAUUCAUCAGCCUGAGCCAGCCUCUGCUUCUGUUUACUUAGCCGGGAGGGGCUGGGUUUCAGGUUCACCUUGACUCCAGGAGCUGCAGCAGAGCAGGUACCAGCUCCUGCACCUGUUUCUCUUGCACCUGACGUGCAGCUGCUCCUACCCACCUCUCCUGGCUGAGCCUUGCCUGAUACAGCACCCCGGAGGCAACCCUUCCUCCCCGAGUCUCACCCUCUCAGGCAGCUCCUACACUCAACUGCUUCUCUAGGAAAGGUCUCACCUCCAGCCUGGAGCAGUCAGGAUUACAGCAGAAAGCCCCACCCUCGGCUUAGGGAGCGCCAUGACGACUGAAAUUGGUUGGUGGAAGCUGACUUUCCUCCGGAAAAAGAAAUCCACUCCCAAGGUGCUGUAUGAGAUCCCUGACACCUAUGCCCAAACAGAGGGAGGCGCAGAACCCCCAAGGCCUGAUGCUGGAGGCCCCAACAGCGACUUUAACACCCGCCUGGAGAAGAUCGUGGACAAGAGUACAAAGGGCAAGCACGUCAAGGUCUCCAACUCGGGACGCUUCAAGGAGAAGAAGAAAGUGAGAGCCACGCUGGCAGAGAACCCUAACCUUUUUGAUGAUCACGAGGAAGGACGGUCAUCAAAGUGAAGGGCUGAGGAGGGUGCUAACACCUCCUGGCUCCCUGCCAUCAGCCAGAUCUGAGACAGGACUUUGCCACGCUGGCCUCUUUGGCCAUAGCUGAAGCCGUGGGGGUAGUUGAUACCUGCUGGCAGGAAAUGGCUGGUUUUUAGGUUUGUAUUUAUGUGCCUCCACUUUUGUAAGGCCUGGGAGAUCCCAGGGUCCUCCCACCCUCCCCCCGACCACAUAUAAAGGCACUCUAGUUCAAGGGUGAAAACUCUCACCCAAGAGGAACAGCCCUCCUUGAAGCAAUGGCAGGGCCAGCAGAGAGGUGGGCAUGGCAGAGAAUGGAGUGAGCCAGACAGACUUCACCUCAUCACUGGACACAGGGUCAAGGUCAAGUUUGAACUGCUCCUCCCUUUACGUUCUCUACCCGUGACUACUCCCUGGACCAAUCCUGAGGAGGGCACAUUUUCCAGAAGCCACGUGAUAGGGGCUGGUUUCUGUGGAGCCAGAGGCAGAGACACUGAACUUGAGCUCACCUCCUAACACCGGCAGUAAACUUCCUGGAACUUUGCCCUCAAGUGUGGAGGGGGCAGAGGACACUGGCACUCUGUUAGGGUGCUGUAGAAGACUAGAUUGAUGGUAGUUUGACCUUUUGGCUCCUGUUUUGGCCAUGACUUGUGCAGGUGGCAAGUCACACACCCUCGAAGGGAAGCUACACGGGCCAAAUUGGGGGAGUGGAUGGGGAAUUGUCUCCUCUCCCUCCCCUACUGUAAUAGUAUUUAAGACGUAUCAGCUCCAGAGAUGAGUCCUGGAGCCUUGAAUUUUGUUCAACAAACUAAUUGUAGGUUUCUCUCUUUGUAAUAACAAUGCUGGAAAAGCAGAGAACCUCUUUUAUGCUCAUGUCUUGCAUUUAUUGAGAUGACUGUUUCUCAUGCCUUUAUCUUCCUUCAUGUAAGUAAAGUGGACCUUUGUGCUCAAA